UUAAACAUGUUGGAGCGAAACCGGGUUGUGUUGUUUUAAUGAAAAUUUGUGAUGAAAUAUGUCAGAAAUAAAACGUGUUACUUUAAGUACAUUUGAACCGCAAAAUGUGAGUGAUAAGGUGAAUAAAAAAUCGUGUAAAACUGUAAGGAUAUCUGUGAUUUUACCAGAAUCGAAUGAAGACAACUGCCCUGAAUACAACUAUAAGGACCAACUAGCAGCUGUAAAGAAACGCUUAAAACAAGGUAAAGAACCUAGUGCAACAGAAAAUGGGCUGGACCCUUUUCCCGAUGAUGAUGAUGACGUUAGAAGAAUUGCGCUCGAAAUGGAAGCAAAAUAUGGCUCCGGAAUGAAUUGUGCUAAGAAGAAACGGAAAGGUAGGAAAGACGAUUAUGCCGACAUCGGCAUGGGUUACGAUGAGUCUGAUUCCUUCAUUGACAAUACCGACGGAUAUGAUGAGAUCAUUCCUCAAAACGUUACUACCCUCCAUGGGGGCUUCUACAUAAAUUGUGGAGCCCUCGAGUUUAAGACUGAUGAAGAGGCCAGUUCUGAUAUUUCGUCUAGUUCCUCCGAAAGCGAAGACGAAACAAGGCCAUCCAGUAAUCGAAAGAGGAUUUUGGAUACUUCAGAAGAGAGUGAGAGUGACACUGGCCCAACCUCUCAUCUUGAAAAGAAACCAAAAUUGCAAUCAUCCAAAAAUACUAUGCAGCAGGCCAUUAAAAAGAAAUUAUUUAGUCAGAAUAAAAUUCAGGUUAAGAAACGAAGGCUGAUCGAUCCGCUGAAGAAAACAGUGAAAGAUCUCCUCCGAGAGAAACGAGAAGAUCUGAAUAUGAGUCUUCCUUUAGAAUUACAAGAUGAAAAAGAAGAUAACGUGGAAAAAGAUUCGCUUAAAGAAAACAAGAAGCCAAUGAGUAUUACCAGUGUAACCGAUGCCAUAGAAUCCGUUGUCAAACAGGUUGUGGAGGAGACGGAUUACAGUCCUAACCAGAAUAGUAAGCAGAGUAGUCCGGAUAUAAAUAAGAAAAAUGAUUUGGUAAUUCCCAAAAAUGUGGAUGUUCCAUCGUCCAUAGAGGGUGGUGAAUCUAGUCAAGAGGCAAAUAAAUUGGAAAAACCCGAGGUGAAGUUACCAGAAAAUUUGCCAGCGGAUAUUUUAGACCUAAUAAAUAGAAUAAAACAGGCAGCACUGGAAUAUAAAGGUGAAGGGAAGAAGAGGUUCUUUUCAGAUGAGGUCAACUUGAUGCUUCUGAAUUUGGAAAGGAAAUGCAAGAUAUUGGGUAAAUCGUCAAGGGUCAGGAUAUACGAUCAUCUAUCCUUAUACACAAAGGUUAGGAAAGAGACUUUAAGUCGCCGUGCCAAAAACCUCUUCAUAGAAGACGAAGAGAGGAGGCUCAAGAAAUUAACGAUUAAGCUGAAGGAUAAUAUCGACCAAAUCAUGCCGUCGUUGAUGAUGAAUUUCGAACAGGAAAGCCAAAGAAUUCUACAGAAAAAAUUUUCGAAAGAGAGUGCUGAUUCUGAAGAAAAUAAAGCAUUGAAGAUGCCCAAGAGGCGCUUCAAGUGGACUGAUGAAUCCAGAAAACUACUGAAGGAUAUACUAAGCAUAAAAAAGAGAUGCCUCAUACUGGAGGGCAAGCAGAAGGACAACCUGGAAGACCAAGUCUGUCAGUAUUUGAGGAAGGAGAUACUGCCGCUGUGGCCUGAGGGGUGGAUGUACCUAAACUCUCUAAAGAAGGUGUACAACAACAUGACGGAAAACGCAAAAAUGCUGGAAAACAACAACUCGAAGAAUGAUACACCAAAGCAACAUUCCGCUAUUACGAUAACACCAGUUUCGAAUAACAAACCACCCAGUAAAAUGGACGUUAGUCCCAACAGUGUCACCUUCAGCAAAAUCGGUUCCAAUGAAGCGAAAGCCGGCCCGAAAGUGACGGAAAUCAGUCCGACAAGCUCUCACCUAAGUUCGUUCAAUAUUAACAACUUAAUCCCUUUAAAAACCUCUCAGCCGCAAAAGCCUAACGUUGUACAACCCGCCAGUACUGUUAAAGAACUCGAGAAGCCUAGGCCCGAGAAGGAGCACGAUUUCAAAAAGGCCGCUGCAUCACUGCCAGAGUCUUAUAAGUUCAGUAGGAAUCAGGAACCGACAAAAACACACCCUGACAGCAGCGUGAUCAUAAUGAAUUCCCGAAAGGACGAAAUCAACAACUUACUGAAGGAGAACAAGGAAGUUAACGCUGUGAUAUCCAAAACCCCACACUGCCAGCUGAUCGAUCUCACCGACGCACUGGAGGACAAACGCAAAUUGAAAACGGAGGAAAUUAAAACUUACAAGUUCAAGAAAGAGCCACCCGUGCCCAGUUUGAUCAGUUCUACCAAUUCCAACGAUUACACGGAUGUCACGAAAUUAUCUAGCAAGCACCCAGAACUGAGCGUUACGCCCGCCUUCACCCAAAAACCUUCUUCAAAGUCGGACGGCGACGAGAUCCAAAUGGUUAUGGAGAACCUGAAGGCGCUGCAGAAGCUCUCGUCUCCCAUCAAAGCCGAUAACCCCACCAGUUCCCCCGUUUCCGUUAUAGCGUACAAUAGAAGCUUCUCCCCGAAAUCAAACUCGAGCCAGAGUAGUCCCGGGCACCGGGGCAGCGAGUUCAACCCCAAAACCGACUUCUCGGGUAGCUUCCAGGACGAGUUCCAGAAACAGUUUAUCAAUUCCCUGCAGCAGAUGGCCACCGCUUCCAGUUCGAGCAAGCCGAGUUACAAUAGGUGCAGUUAGUGGAACAUUCGUUUCGUAUCGUUUUGUUUGUCUGACAAUUGGUAUAGAGGAGUAGCCGUCAUAUUGACGGUAUACCUACAUGUUCAGCUUCUUAAUCGAAUUAUCGACAGCAGAACUGUACUUUUUUUAUGUAAAUAUAUAUCAUACUGCCUACCAAUAUAAAUAUAUAUCAAUAUUGUAAU